AUGCCUUCUCUCCAGAUACCGCUCGACGCCCUGACAUCGCGCUUCAGCUUCGGUGAUCGGUUCAGUGCGGUUCGGGCCCAAUCCUUCUCCUCCCGCUUUGCCAACUUGAAGCCGGUCUCUGAAUUUCUCGAUGUCAAGAGAAUCUCGAAGCCCGCCAAUUUCGGCGAAAUGCAAAGUCGCUUAAACUACAACCUCAGCUACUUCUCCAGCAACUACAUCGUUGUGUUUAUCAUGCUCUCAAUCUAUAGCUUGCUCACAAAUCUGCUCCUCCUGUUCGUCAUCCUCCUCGUCAUCGGCGGCACGUACGGGAUUGGCAAGCUGGAAGGCCGGGACUUGGAUGUCGGUGUCUUCAGGGCAACGACCUCCCAGCUCUAUACCGGCCUCCUGAUCGUCGCGGUGCCUCUUGGGCUCUGGGCGUCACCCCUCGGCGCGGCCCUGUGGCUGAUUGGUGCUACCGGGGUUACCGUUCUGGGCCAUGCUGCGUUCAUGGACAAACCAAUCGAGAAUGCUUUUUCCGAGGAGGCGACGACGAACAUGGCGAAUAUGCGUUGGGAUGAAGCGUACCAGGACAGUACGGUUGCAUAUGCCAUCCAGCUUGCCCUGAAAGACAAGGAAGAUCGCCUUGUGGACAGGGCUCUAGAACGAAUCAGACGCGCGCAAAUCCUGGGCAAAUCGAAAGUGAAACUUUCGCAGCGUGAACUUGAGGCGUUGGAGCGGCGGCGAAUGCAGGGCGAGAUGUCAAACGGUUCGCAGCGAGGUAAACCUAGCCGAAUGAGAGGUAAAAUCAUAAAUACAAAGUGGCCUCCCGAGGCAGCUUACUCGUCCGCCGCCGAAACGGCUCCUGGAUACUACAACUCUCCUCUGCAGGCUCCCCAGGCCCGUCCCAGGACGCCCUCCGUGCAAACGCUACGCAUGCAACAGCCGAACACACCGCCUCGAAUACCGGGUGCCUAUCAUUUUCAGGAUGAUCCCUCGAGUCAUCCCCCGUCAACAGGAAGGGUGCAACCCCUCUCGCGGCCGCUUCCAGACGAUCCACAAUGGGCACCCCGUUCGAGGGCCUCAUCAAACGCUAUUCCUCUGCCACAUCCCGCCUACGCAUCAUACGUGCCAGCACAGAUAAUAGGCUUUGACCCGCGGUAUUCGGUCCCUCCCAGUCCCCGAUAUAACUUAUCGACUGCGCCCGAUGCCAUGUACCAGGCAGUAUAUCGACCUGCAUCACGCGGCUCCUACGCUGACAACACUUCAUCUACGGAUGCUACCAUACAGCCAGCGCCUGCCACCAACUCCGUCCGACAUGUUAGCAGCAGUAGCAACGCGAGUAGUAGCGACAACGGCGUGCAAGUGGAAACCCCCAAGGCGACACCCGCAACCAACGGUCGUAAGGUAAACGGCGCGACCAAUGGAAAAAAAUCCACUCGUGGCAGGCGAACUCGCAAAUGA